AUGGUCUCAAUCUUGAUGGUCCAUUAUCUGGUAUCAAGUGGUGCAGAGCCUCAAUACUUCUACGAGGAUGCCCUAGUCGCGUCAAUCGCUACGUUUCACAGCAAGAAGAUCAUCAUUUCUGAUCCAACAAAGUUCCCUCACUAUGGCUCUAUUCCUGAUUCUAUGUAUCGAUGUGUCACAGCCGAGAGUCGUGUUAUGGCUGAUUACCACAAACUUACUCCUAAGGAACCGAGAGUCCUAUCUCCGGAACAGCAGGCUGUCGUGGACGCUGUAGAAAAGCCUGGAAACCGAGGGAAACGGAUUACAAUCAAUAAGGAAACAACAGAGGAGGAUCAAUCUAAGACUUCUAAGUCAAAGAAGCGCAAGUCAGAGAAAGGGGCUUCUUUUAAACCAAAGAAAAUUAAAAAGAUGGCAAAAAGAUCCAGGAUUCCUACUCCCCCUAGCUCAGAAAAUCAAGAUGACGAUGAAGAAGAGGAUAUUCAUCAAGACUCAAGGAGAGGUAAUACUCCUCCCCGAUCUCCUACUCCAACCGAAUCUCCUCAUCACAAACUUCCAACCCCACCUCCGUCACCGAAACUGACAGUUCCAGUUUCGGUUGUUCCGAUUUCUGCACCUGCCACAUCACAAACUACACCACCACCACCAGUUUCUUCUAUUUCUAUUUCUACAACUACCUUAACACCUCAUAUAAUUUCCCAAUCCACAACCACUACUAUUCCUUAA